UGAAUGCCUCCUUCAAGCAAGAGAUUGCGUUGGAGACCUCUAAUCUUCCCCUGUUCCUUUCCUGCAGAUUAUGGCGAACUCAACGGGACUGUUGGUAACCGAGACCCCUUCCUGACAUCUCCUGCUGCCCGUGACUUGCCUGGCCCCGUUUCCGUGGUUCCCAACGGCAGCCAGCCCGGCCGGGAGCUCAGCCUGGCGCUCAAGCAGACGGCAAAAGGCGGCAUGUUUGUCAAAGCCGGUCUGAGAACCAAGACCUUUAGCUUGAAAAACAGCCUGGACAGGAAGAACGAGCGAUGCCACGAGAGCCGAGCCGGAGAGGGCCAUUCCUGGGACAAAGGCGAGAUGCACCCCGUCCCCAACGGCCUCGUGGCCGACGGUUCUGAGUACAUCGCCAACGGCUGCACCGGCAAAGGGGCGGACAACGACGGCAGUGGCUCAGAGAGCGGCUACACCACACCCAAGAAACGGAAAGGCCGGCGCAACAGCGCCAAGGGCUGCGAGAACCUGAGCCUGGGCCAGGAGAAGGUUGUGUCAUGUAGCCCCGUCCCGGCCUUGAAGCUGGAGACCGACUCCUUCAGGGCCGACGGCGGGGACUCGAAGGCUGACCUGAAACCUGCUUGGAAGUGUGAGCAGCCGGGCGGGCCGGGGGUGGGCCACGGGAAGCCAGGUGGAGGUGGGGACAUGCUCCGGAAGGCGGCGGAGGCCAAAGUCGGACUGGCCGGCAAAAAGUUUGAGGAGCGUCCCAAGGGGAAGCACGUCUUGGGAUCGUCCUCGAAGGAAGAUUCUUGGACCCUGUUUAAGCCGCCCCCGGUUUUCCCCGUGGAUAACAGCAGCGCCAAGAUCGUCCCCAAAAUCAGUUAUGCAAGCAAAGUGAAAGAGAACCUGAACAAGGCGGCUCCCCUGUCCUCCUCUUCCUCUUCCUCCUCUUCCUCCUCCUUGUGCUCAUCCUCUGUGGGCGAGGUCCAAGUCCAGGCCCCCAACCGCCUCUCCCAGGUCCCCAUGUCCGCCAUGAAGUCUGUUACAUCGGCCAGCUUUUCCAACGGCCCCAUCUUGGCCGGGGCUGACCGUGGGGUGUGUCCGACCGGCGUCCAGGCCCUGCUGGUGCCGGCUGCUAGUACUGUCCUUUCGGCUUCUUCCAAACUGGCAGCCCAGGACUCGGGUCCCUCCGCGGUCGCCAUGGACCCGCAGAAGCCGAGUCUCUUCAUCUACCCGUCAAAUAUGCAUGGCCUGUUCAGCGUGGCGGCCCAGGCCGAGUCUCCGUUCCUGUCCACGCAGCAAAACUUAGGCGAUAUCUUCCAGAACCAGUGGGGGUUAUCCUUUAUCAACGAGCCCAACGCGGGGCCGGAGACUUCGCCCCGGAAGCCGACGGACACCAAGGUGGCCGAGGUGACCUUCCAGGGCCCGUGCCCCGCCGCGCCGGUUCCUCAGGAGGCGGAGACGCUUUCCGCUGGACCCGAACAGCCAGCCUUCCCCAAGGCCUACGAGCUGGCCAAACGGACUAGUCCCCAGCUGUUGGGCGGACUCUUAAAGCUGGAGGCCGCUGGGGAGGAGAGCGACUUGCCGUUAGAGGCCCACUUGCCGGGGGCCUUGCCCCAGGCGGAGCUCGGGGGCCCGGGGGCCUUUGUGUUCCUCGCCAAGGACUACCGCGUAGACAGCCAUCUGUCUUCUCCUACGAACACUUUGUUAGUCUCCACCAAAGAGCAGAGGCACCCCGGCGGUCUAGAACGGAAAGCCAGCUGGGGGGAGUUCGACCUGCAGGCAGCUGUUCUCUAUCACAUCCAAG